AUGAGCACUUAUAGUGUUUUUGAGUUGGGAAAGCUGGAUGAGAAGGAUUUUUCUGAAAUUGCAUGGCUAAAUAAUGCUUUAAGACGAAGAAAUGUAACCGAAAAUGGUCGUCAGUUGGAAGAAGAACUUCUCGCAAUUUCUCAGUCAUGUAUGUAUGCAAUCACCGACUAUAAUGAACAAAUUGAAUCUAAUAUGAACGAAAUAGGUAGCUUAAUGAGCAAUUUUAUUUCAAAAAAUGAAGAAAAUAACAGAAUUUGUAAAGAAUUGAAUUCCAAGAUAAGUGAAUUUUCUAAUAUAGUAAAUUUGAAUGAAGAAAAAUACAUUAGCAAUAUUAAUAUUGAAAAUAUAUUAUCUCUUUUUGAGAAGAAGGAAAAACUAGAAACCGUUUCACAAAUAUUAACAAAUAAUAGCAAAUUUGAAUCAUUACUUUGUGAAAUUGAAAGCGUUCUACAAGACAAAGAUACAUUCAUAAUGCUGAUUAAAGGACAGGGUCAAGAUUUUCAUGAUAUUAUUAAUAAGGUAUGUUCUUUAAGAGUUUUAGUUAGUAGUUUGGAGUCAAUACCGGAAUUUUCAGCUAGAAUAGAACGCUAUAAGAGUCUUGAGAACAGUAUACUUAAUAUACUGGAUGAUUUCUUUAAAAAUAAGUUCAUUAAUGAGAACAUUGAAGAAAAUAAUAUUCAUGAAUUAAUUCUAGUUUACUCUAAAUUUGGUCAUGAUUCAAGGCUCUACAAGAAAAUGAUGGAUAUUAUUAAUGAACAAAUAGAACAAGUUUGGAAACUUUUAUGGUCUUUAACUACAUUUGGAUCACAAAAUAGAGGAUUAGAAGUUGAACAAUUUAAGAAAUCCAGUAAAAAACCUUAUAACAACAGUGAAAAACACUCGUCUAUUAUUUUUCUUCCAGCAAUUAUGGACUUAGAAUCUGCUCACAUAUCACAAGAUAUAUUCAGAAUUAGAGAAGAUGAAGCUAUUAUUAGAUUCUUUUCAUGGUUUUCUGAGCUUAUUUUUUCAAAGAAUCACAUUAUUACUCCAAUAUUAACAACCAGUAAUUCUAAUAUCACUAUUUCAGAUACUAUUCAAUCUAUUAUUAAAAAAUUGCUUUGCAUAUGUAUUCAAGAUGUAAAAGAGUUUAUAGAAAUAAUAGUCAACUCUAUUACAAGCUCCAAAUUCAUUUUUCCUGAAAAUAAUUCAGAAAGUUUUGAUAUGGAAUCAGACUCAAUCUUUGAAAUGGAUCAUGAUACUAUUUCAACCAUUGAUGUUAAAGAAAUUCGAACAAUAUGUGAAAGAAUAUAUAAAUCAAUAAUUAGUGGGUUGGAAUUAGUGAUUAUUCCUGAUUCUAAUAAACAAGAAGCAUCUAAUUUUGUCUCAAGUCAUCUAAAUCAAGAUCAUUUUACUCAGAUUUCUGAUAUGAUUUUAAUACAAGGUAACUUUGUACAAUCACUAUUACUUUGUGAUGUAGCAUGGAUUUUCCAAAGUAUAAAGAAUAUCUCAUCCAACUUGAAAUCAUUGAUUAUUAAUCAGUCACCAGUAUCAGAAUAUUCAUUGGAAAUAGAAUCUAAAAGCUCAAUUUUGGCUGAUAGAAUUGGAACUUUACUUUCAAAUGAAAGAUUUGGUGAUCACACACAACUUAUUUUAAUUCCUUUAGAAAAUUAUAUCAUUUUCUUUAUUUCAAUUAUUGAUUACUCACUCAGAUUCUUUCUUGAAAAUGAUUUAAUUUACUUAUUAAAUCCUAUUCAAAGCUCAGUCAGAGCUCAAACAUUAAAUCUUAUUAAAAGUAUUGAGAAGAAACAAAAAGAUUCAAAUUUAUUAUCAUCAGUUAAUUUAUUGGAUAAAGAAUUACUUUCAUCAUGUUUUGCUUUCCACUUUUCAUUAAUGAAAACCAGAAACACUUUUUACGAUUUAUUGCAAACUUUAAUAAUACGUUGCAGAUCUAUAUAUUGCUCAUCAGCUAAAAAUGAUGAUUAUGAGUCCAAGUCUUUUUUAUCUCAAAUAUUUUAUGAUAAAAUAUGCUUUAAUCAAUAUUCAAUCUUUCAGAGAAUUCAAGAAACUUUAUCAGAUUCAUUAUCCUCUGAAAUUAAGGCUAUACUUAAGAAUCAAGAAUUAUCAUUAGACCAACUUGAUCUUUUAGACCAAUUUGGAUCUCAACAAUUAAUUUCUCAAAUUCUUUCAGAUUCCAUUGAUAUUAUUUCGCAAUGCUGUUCAUACCCAACUUUAGCAUUUUUUGAAGGAUAUAAUCGUCUUGAUUGUUGGAGCAAAGAAGAUAUUAACAUAAUUAAACUAAUUCAUAAUUUAAAAGACUCUAAUUUGCAAUCUUUUGAAGAAGCUAUUAUUUCUAUUAUAGAGAAUUCAGGCAUUCAACCAUGCAGUUCUAUUGUUUCUAUUGGAGAAUAUUUGUUGAAUAUUGCUGUAACUUUAGAAUCUACUUGUAAUAACAAUCCAGAUAUACAAAGUCAAAUAGAAUCUGAAAAUCUUAUUCCAGAACUUGUUAAAAAAGUAUCUUACAUUGUUGAGGAUACAUAUAGACGUCAAAUAUUUGAAAUUGAGUAUUUAAGUAUGCAAGGAUGCUUACAAUUAUAUGUUGAUUCUAAAUAUAUUCUAAAUAUAUUUGAGAUACUUUUACUUUAUCACAAAAGUCCAGAAUCUGAUGAUUCUCAAAAGAAAUUACAAGUUGAAAAUGGUAAUCAAUAUCACGAGGAAUAUAAUAUUGAAGUAUCUGGUGGAAAUGAUAUUGUACCAUUGAAUAGUGCUCUGCUUAUGAUCAUUUCAAAUACAUGCUUAGAAUCCUCAUCAAACAAAAGUGUUGUAAACUGGUAUAAUUCUUUAAAACAAAAGAUCAAUAAUACUGAGCAAAAAUUACUUAAGAAUAAAUAA